AUGCCAAUUGUAGAGUUUAAACCAAGAAAGACAUCUCUUCCUCAACUCGAACCAGACGACUUAAGUACAGAUCAACAGUACCUAUAUAAGAUUUGCAUAGGCAUUCAAAAUGGAACCAUUACUCCCAAUUUGGCAAAGAGAGAUCCAGGAAAGAUGUCACAUGCCCGGUGGCUUACAACAGCCAACAGAAUGCUACGCCUAUAUAUCGCUACUAAAAAUUCAUCUCUCACUCAAAUUAUUUUAACCGAAUUUAUUUUAAAGGUCUACGCACCUGUUUGGUUUGAAAUUAAAACAAAAUCAUAUAUUUACGAUGGAGCGAGACACCUGUGGAAAGCUAUUAAUGCUUCAAGAGGAUUCCCAGAUAACGUUAAACAUAUAACUAACAAAGUCUUUGCCGACAAUGCAUAUUUUGCCCAUCCCAAGAACCUACUUUUGGCAAUGCUAAGCGACACACGUCCAUACAUUAGAGAAUUAGCUGCAAGAAUUAAAAAAUGUAGGAUGCAAACUAAUAAAAUGAUCAGAGUUUUUAGGGUACUUUUUUUAAAUUUAGAUGCUGACGAUUACAUAGACUUGAUAGAUUGGCAGAAAACUAGGAUCACCGAACCGCCAUUAACAUUUAAUAUAAUAAAUGAAACGUUAAAUAAUAUUGUGAAAAGAAGCCUUAAAUUUUGA